AUGAUAUUUGGUGCAACUGCUGGUGAUCAGCAAAUAUCCAACAAUCAACAACCUAAUGGUUACAAAAUACACUUGUAUCAUAAUUUCCCAUUUUAUACUGGACGAUACAAUUAUACAUUGAUUUCCACAAAUGGUUAUGUUGGCUUUGGGUAUUUUUCGGACAGUGGUUCACAUGAUUUUUUGAUUGGUAAAGAUAGCGGUUAUCCAACCAAAUCUGAUCCAGCAUUUAUUGCACCGUAUUUAUGUCGACAAAAAGUUGGGAAUUUUAUGGGGCGAAACAGUCAAAUUCAUUAUCGAAUAGAGAUGCGUUCAACAAAUAAUCCAGUUUCCUAUGCGACACAGCAUCGAAGUCAUUGUUUCGGAAAACAAAAUUAUGCAUUUUGUGAUUACAAUUCCAAUAUAUUUUUGGAUAGUAUGCAACUUGUAUUACAAGUUAUUUUUCCAGAAGGUGUAGUUGGAGCAAGUGCAUUUCGUGCUGAAGCAGCACUUGUUGUUACCUGGGAAAAUGUACAACCAAAUAUCGGAAGAAGUGAUACAUUUUCUACCUAUCAACUUAUCUGGUUGACAGAUGCACUUGGAACUUUGUCUUACACGGUAAUCAAUUACGAAAGAUUGGGUUAUGAAGCUUCUGAUGUCAACGGUGGUACUGUAACUGGUAGAUGUCAGGCGCUGUUUAAUGGCGGUAAUCAAACCGGUACGGUGAUGGUUGAUUUAUCAUUAGCCACAAAAGAACGACCAUCGUCGUUAGCCGAGCGCUCAGCAGUACCUCACAUUGUACGUGGACGAUACCUUCACAGAGUUGACGACGUUGUGCGACCUUGCGGCUGUUCGAACAAAACUGGCGGAUCGUUUCCUAUGAUGAUAUACCCAAAUAUCGUCAAUAUGUUGGGACAAAAGUCGAUUGAUGUUAAUGCGCUUUGUUUGGAUCCAAGUCGCAAAUACAGUUUAAUGAUUGAACAGCGAGAUGCGGCUCCUUGCGAUGUAGUAAACUUAGCCAUCGCCCGAUGCCACCUCCCUCGGAUUCUUGACUGGGGUACAAAAGUUGUAUAUUUUCAACCAUCUGAUCUUGCGCAUGACGAGAAAGCCUAUAUAGGAUAUAUGUAUUUCGUUCCACCAACUUUGGACCCGAUGAGGCUAGAUAUUGGAGAUGUUUUUCAGUGGUUUAAAAACCCCGUACCUGAAGAAAUGCGAAUUUCUUGGUUUCCAAGAAACUUCACAAAUCCAAGUUCACUGAACGCUGUAACAACUAGAAUUGACGAUUCAGCACUGUACACAGUGCAGCUUGGUCUGUACGUGGUUGGCUACAAAGAAGCUUCUGAUCCAAAUGCAAAGAAGUUUGUUCCUACAUACAGAGUUCUAGCACGUCUUCACAGCUUUUCCAAUCCUGGAGAUGAGCGGUAUCGAUGGUCCUCAUACACACAACAAAUACGAAUUACUGACAUUGAAGAAUGGUACUUAUCUAAGUGGGAGAGAGAAAACGAAAUUUAUACUUUUCGGUUCGGCUUUCUUAAGCUGGCACCACUGGUGUCAACCGCUUUUGAAGAAGGACAUCACUUUGAAGAUAAAGAUCUUCCAUCCGGCCUACUAAGCUCACCUAUUUCACUUCAUUGGUUAUGGACAGUAGGUACGUCAGAAUCAACUGCCACUUUGGAUCGCGAAGAGAAAAUCAACUUUGUCAAAAAAAGGGCUACUCAAAUGUGCAACGACUGGUUUGACGAAGAUGGCACUUUAACGAACUUUAUUCGUACAACAGAAACCAAUUCGUCUUGUCCUUGCAAAGAAAUUCAGGCAAAGCUUGAUCUAGGAAGAUUCAUGCCUCAUCCACGUUGCUCUCAGAUAUUUCGUGACGUAACCUGUACAGAAACUCUUGGUUCUCGGAACUGUUACAUGUCAGCGCAGAAUGUUCGUGGAGUCUACUCUGAUACUAACCGUAAAAGUUCAUACUCAACACAUUAUGGCCAAGUAUGCUGCUAUGAUGGAUCCGGCUUUCUCAUGCAAACGAGCUAUCAACCACUGAUUAAAAUUGACGAAAGUACACCUUAUAGUCCAGGUUUUCCAAUGCGGGCUUACGAAUUUGGUACCUAUCCUUACCAGGGCAUGUUUGAAGCAACUUCAAUAAUAGGCGCUGGUACAGUGACAACAAUAAACAAAAAUAGAUAUGUAUAUAAUGAUCCUGGGAUUUAUAACCUGUUGUAUGCUGAAGAAACACAUAUUACACCACAGGUUCGGAUACAGGGACGUUUUGAAAGAUUCCCUGAUCGAAGUGUCCCGUUCGCCGCAGCAAAUGUGCAGCAAGAGGAUUUAGUGCAACCAUCGAACGUAACUGUAUUAACUGGCAUAGCUCUUGACACUUCUGAUUCAGAUAGAGUUCACGUAAUUUUACGUAAAGAUACAUCACGUGGUCGAUAUCGUACAACAAUACUUGUCAAUGACGUCAUUCGGUACUUUGAUCAUAUGCAGCUGCAGCGUUUCAGAGGAGUAACAAUUUAUGUGAACAACGUACAAAGAGGCCAAGCUGAAGUAUAUGUUGUUCUCGACAAGGCUCAAAUCGGGAUCAGGAUUCGAGAAUCUUAUGCACUAGAUAUGGAUCGUUUUGCUACUUAUAUGGAGAGUUUCGGACUAUUAGAUAUACUGGUAUCGAUCCCACCUCAGUAUAAAACGUACAACGCGGAGGCCAGUUAUGGAGAAAAAGCUCUCAUUGAUGGUCUUCUAGCUCCUCAAGAUGACAAUGCUAAAACAUACGAUGUCAAUAUUAAUCAAAGGAUUAACGAGUACUCAGCAAAGUACAAGGUGAAAGGAGAAAUCCAAGUAGCAGCAUUUGUUCGAAAUUGGCAGUCAGUAAACGCUUUUCAUAUUGAUUUAUUUGAGUCUGCUUCUGAUUCUAUUUGGAGUGUUCUUCCCGACGCGGAUCUUAAAGGAGCGGUAUAUACUGCCAGCAGUAAAUACUAUAGCAAACAGUAUCACCCUCCAACUUCGGAAAGCUUAGAAGCGUUCAAAGAGUUCUGUAGGCGAGGUGAAAACGGACAACCCUAUCAAGAAAAUUAUGAACACCUUAAAAAAGAGUAUAAUCGUUGCCCGACGUCCCUUGCAUCAAUCGAAGGUGUUUGCGGUGAUGAUAAGUGCUGCCAGAUUGAUGCGUUAUUUCUGCAAGCUAAAGUUCUUGGAACUACAAACAAAGAGGAAACCUUAACACUCGAAGAUGAAUUAUCUUAUGCUCUACGCAAAUACAAUAGCUGUGGCGCAAUUUCAUUGGAAUAUCCCGAUUAUAUGCGCAAAUCUAGAAGUAGUGCCCCUGCAUAUCUUGAGGGCGAUCACGCUUCUUUCUCCUGCUUCCAAGAACAUGUCAGCAAAGGAGAUACGGAGUACCAUUGUGCUAGAGAAGCAUCUUACCAUGACAGCAACGUUUUUAUUACGAGGUGGAACCAAGGAUAUCAACCGUGGUGUCGUCGAAGAACGCUUGAAAAUUUCCUUACAUGGUUGUUUUGGAUUGGCAUUAUUUUUGGGAUCAUUGUAAUGUUUGUUAUAAUAUUCGCUUGCUGCUGGUUCAUGAAACAGCGACAUAUAGUACAAAGUCGAACUCGUAAGAAUUCUGUCGCUUCGUUGUCAAAAACCGCUGAUACACGGCGAGACAGCUUAAUUGAGAUGCAACCGCUGAAAACGGCCGAACCAGUGCAUUAUGAGAAAAAAACUAGACGUAUUUCGCCAUCUUCCUCACUUGACGGCACUUUUGUGUCCGCGAAUGACAGGACACCAACGUUUCCGCGUUCUAGCUCUCAACCAUAUCUAUACAACGAAAGUGCACCUCAAUAUUCCUUAUUACGGCAACCAAAUAAUGCUAUGAUGGGACCAAGACGACCAUCUUAUAGCGGCCUCUCUGGAUUGUCAACCGGAGUUUAA